UUAUAAUACUCUUUAUCAUUUUUACACCAAAAUGAAAGAUUUAAAAAAUAAAUAAUAAGAGAUUUGUUCCGUGGACCAUCGAUGUAUAACGUCGUGCAGUUGACCGCCACCGCCUAUUCACGUAUGGACAGGAUACUUGGAAAGAAAAAAAACAUAUAAACGUGUUUCACCUCAGCCUGGAAUAAAAAAACCAGUUUCAGUAUGUUAGAAAAGGACACGAGCGUCAGGAGCGCUGCCGUCCUAUUGUUCGUAGUCCAGACAUUUGUUAAAGACUAGUGACCGUCGCAUUCGCUAUCUACGUACGUGUCGACUCGGUCCAUAGUUAGUCCGUGUGUUUUUUACUCGUGUUUUUUUUAAAAUCUUACUUUAUAAAAUGUUGUUAAAUUAACUAUAAACAAAAAAAAACACAACGGUUCAACAAUCGUAUAUUCUGAAAUGGAUCUCUCAUCAUGUUUUGAUAGAUUUAUAUGGUCAUGUAUUGAAGAAGUCAAAACAAAUUCUCAGAUGGUAUCUAAUUUAAGUACCUCAAACAUAGGAGAAAUUCGCCCUGCGAGAAAUCAAUCUUGUUUACCACCUCCACCGGAUUAUUAUGGUCCGCAACCGCUUGAUAUUUCUAUACCUAAAUUAUUAAAACUCGAUAAUUGCUUCAAUGCCAAUAACAAUUCAAAUUUGAGUCAUCAAAUCGUCCAAACGCCAAAUAACAGUGCUUCAUCAAGUGACUUAAAAUAUGUAAAUAAAAUGCCUUAUAAAAAGUUCUUAUGCAAUUGGUCGGUGAAGGUCAUGGAAAUAAAAUUGAAGAAUGACAAUACAAAAUUCAUUGUCGAACUACGAGGAACUUGGAUAUCAAAAGAUCGUCACAGAACAAUAAAUGAAAAUCACUUUGCUGGUUUUUUAGAUUUUGUAGUAUCAAAAAAUCUCAUUAAAACUAGUCAUGGAUUAUACGAGCUAACUGGGCCAAUCGCUAACGCAUCUUCAGAUAAUUUGUAUCGUGCGUGUUUAGAAAUUAAUGGUCUUCCAAGGACUUGGAAAUAUAUUUUAACACAAUUCCCUAGUAAAUUUAAUAAUUUCAAUAAAAAGUUGGGAAUAAGAAGAAAAUAUGUAACCAACUGUUUAGUGCAAGAAAUGAUGACUAAGAGUUAUAAGUUUGUUGAAAAAUUACUGCAAGUAACAAAUCCAAUGGUUGACUCAUUGGAAGUUGUGGAUUUCGGUAUCACAAAGUUACAGAAAAAAAUACCUGCACUUGAUAAAAGACUCAAUGAUUGUUGAAAAAAGAAAAAGCAAAUGUAAAUGUAAAUAUCACCUGCAUACACAUUUUAAUUUGAUGAUUCUAACAAUAUAAAUAAAUUUCUAAAAUUAAUAUAACUAUAUUUAAACUUUUGUAAGAGUAUCAUGUAAAAUUGAUUUUUUUUAUUAUCAUUAACUUCCAUUAUAGAUAUUUACAUUUCAAAUACAUUUUUAAAACUAAUAUUUAAAAUUGUGUAGU